GAUCUUCACAUGUUUAUACCGUCAUAGGACUUCUGUAGCAACUGCUCUGCGCCGAUGACCGGGCCCAUACCUACGAUAUCGACAAGUGAUCAGAUGUCUAUCCCCUGCGGUUGUCGAAGUAUAAACAUCUACGCCUCAUUCUGAGAUAAAACAUGAAGUUGAACCAAGCAGUCGUCGGAUUUGUGUUUGGAAUGGGAUGUUGUGUAGUUUUAUACACGAUAAUGAUGAAUCAGCCUGGAUAUGCAGAAAAGAACGUCCGCCCAGUUGAAACCUUCACUGAACACACCAAGGGGAAGACCCAUCAAAAACAGAACCGAUCACCAUCUUGGGUCCUUCAUUCAGAAACAAACAAUGCUGGACCACUCAAGCAAAUUCGCCAGCAGGGACAGAUCGUUCUACCGGAUAAGGAUGGCAUCGCGAAGAUGACCGUCAGUGAAGCGUUCAGAACGUACCACAGUUACCUUGACAACACAGAUACAUUGUGCAACCGGAAGCUGCGCAUGGGCAAACUGGGGGAUGGAGGCUGGGAGAUCUGUGACGACCCUGGUUACCGCCCAGUAAAGAAUUGUAUCGUGUACUCGUUUGGAAUCAACAACGAUUUUUCCUUUGACGAUGACACGGCCAAAAAUUAUGAGUGCAAUGUUUUUGCCUUUGAUCCAAGUAUGAACCAGGCCAGUUACCAGAGGUCGCCACGUGUCCGGUUUUUGAGGAUAGGCAUUGAUGGAAGAGACUACAAAAAGGCAGCUUGGGACAUGCUGACAUUGACGAGUAUGAAGAAAAUGUUGAACCACACGGGGAGAGUCAUUGAUGUCUUGAAGAUGGAUGUGGAAAGAUCAGAAUGGCCUUCAAUCCCCAACAUGGUGUCAUCCGGCGAACUGUCCAAAGUCAGACAGUUUCUCGUGGAAUAUCACGGAGCUUGCAGUGACAGGAAUGACUGCAUCAACAGACUGAAAAUAUUGAAAGACGUCCAUGAUGCAGGAUUCAGGAAAUUUUAUGUCCACAAAAAUCAUUACUGUGGCUUUACAAAUUAUUUCUUUCCUGUCGUGAGGACACUUUGCUAUGAGAUUCAUUACGUGAACAUCAACCGUAUGUGA